UUAAAUUUUUUUAAAAUUUUUUUUUAAAUUGAAGUACAGUUGAAUUACAAUAUUGUGUUAAUCACUGCUGUACAGGAAAGCGACUCAGUUAUACAUAUAUAUACAUUCUUUUUCAUGUUCUUUUCCAUUAUGGUGUAUCACAGGAUAUUGAAUAUAGUUCCCUGUGCUAUACAGUAGGACCUCGUUGUUUAUCCCUUCCAUAUACACCCUUCUAUAUACAACAGUUUGUAUCUGUUGAUCCCAAACUCUCAACCCUACCCUCUCCUACCCCACUUCCCCUUGGCAACUACCAGUCUAUUCUACGUCCCUGAUUUUCUGUUUCUGUUUCAUAGAUAGGUUCAUUUGUGUCAUAUUUUAGAUUCCACAUAGAAGUGAUAUCAUGUGGUACUGUUUUUGGCUUCCUGACUUCUUCAGUGACAAUAUUUUUAAUGGAUUAGACAGAAAGACUGGUCAUGAGUCAGUAGGAAUGGGGGCUGCGGAGCCAGUGUCAGUCCUGGGAAGGGUCUAACUAGCAAUAAGAGAUGGGGGAGGGCACAGUGGGGAAGGCAGUUGGCUUCAACUACUUCUUUGUGGCAUGGAGAGGAGAGUGGAUUCUCAUAUGACUUUAAGAUCAUUUAGGAGAAUCCUGUUUUUCUUUCUGAAAUCAGAAGAAAAGUUAAUGUGGGACUCUUCUUUGGCCUUCAGAGGUGAAAGUUAUCAGGGAUAGACCAAGAGCAUUGUGGGUAGAGGGCAUAGUGGUGGGAGAAUGGCCUUGUUUUGCCAGCUAAGGUUAUAGUACUAGAGAACCACAUGCCUGCGCAGGUUCCAAGGAGCUCCCGGAGAAUAUGUCACAUCCGACCACCCUUGGCUGUCUGUUUGGGUUAACUGUGGAGUUUCAUGAUCCACCUUGAGUUUGGGGGAAGUAGACUCUUUUGGGGCUGAAUGUAGUUCAUGUUUUUGGAUAAAAAUAGAAUCCAUGGUGAUAGGGAAGAUAAUCCAGCUACUUCAUGAUCCGUUUGGGGAGGGUGGCUUUGGUGUGUAUUCCUGCUGGCAUGGGGAAUGCUGCACAGGGCAGCACAUCUGUUGGAUGAGGGUGGGGAAAAGUUUGAGAACAUGGAACUUCUGUCUACACCAUGCAGUCUCCUGGGAGAAGAGCUGGGAGGGGUGAAUUUGGAGAGGAAAACCCAAUACACUAUGAUGAUAUCUUUCUCCUUGAGUCUGAAGAGAGGCAGCAUCUUCUCAGCUGUUUGUGUUCCCUGAUGUUGCUGGAGGUGAGGGGAUGGCACUGGGCAAGGGAUGCAGUGUCUUCAUGAUCAGGUGGUGGAGGGUGGCUUCAGAGGUGUCACUUCUGCUUUGGCAGGUAUUCCUACUGCCAGGAAGUGCACUUCACAGGGGGACACUUCUGCUGGCUGGGAGGUGGAGGGGACAUCUUGGGAAGGCAGGGCUCAGGAACCUGGGGAGGGGGCUGGCAGGGGACUUUGCAUUGUUGCCACUGCUGCUAAGACAUCGUUCUUAUUUGAAAAGAAUCUGUAAGAAGGAGGAGGUAGUUUUGUUUUUACUGGCACUUUCUCAAUGAAAUCACCACAGCUCUACCAUCCACCCUCAGAGGCAACCUUCCCAUCAGAUGUUCUGACACAUCUGCCAUAUCACAGGACCCUGCACUUGCAGCAGCUACUAAGUAAGGACUGUAGGAGUUUCUUUCCGCGAUAAACCCCUCUCUCUUCCCUGAGGGCGUCACUCUUGGUCAUCCCCUGUCUGCAACCCCAGAGGGAGCCUGGGCCAGCAUGUAAUGUUCUUCACAUCCAGCAGAGCCAUUCACUCACCUGCAAAUCCAAGUGAACCUGACCUGUGAGGAUAAAUCCACCUGAGGAGACUCCAGCCCCACCCCUUUUAUUGUGGAUUAAGCCUAAGCUGGUACAAUACCUGGAAUACCCUCCUGCCUUCCUGGCUCCAGGUGUAGUUCCCCAGUUCCUGAAGCACUUGCCAAACUCCUUCUUUGUACAGAAAAUCCUACUUUGUCACUACCCGGUAUGUAAUGGCAUUUCCUUCUCUGCAGGAAAGAGAGCUCAGUAUGAGACAGAUGUUUCAUGUGCUUGUCAGUUCACCAUCUUGUCCUCAUGCUUCAACAGAGCAGUCAACUGACUGUGAAAACCGAAGAUUCCUUGAGACCCAGGAAAGAUGACUUACAAGCAGCAUCAGUGCAAGCAGCCCUGCCAGUCACCUCCUGUUUUCAUACCUAAGUGCCCUGAGCCUUGCCCACAUAAGUGCCCUGAACCUUGCCCACCUCUAAACUGUCUGGAGCCAUGUCCCUGUCCUCCAUGCCCACCUGUGCAGCCACAUCCACUGUGCCAGCAGAAAUGUCCUCCUGUGCAUCCAUGCACACCCUGCCAGCAGAAGUGUCCACCCAAGUACAAGUAACAGCACCAGAUUUCAUCAGGACCAUGAAACAACAAGAUCUAAGCUUUUCUUAGUCCUAGGACUCCAUCAUCCUCCCUUCAGCCAUGGUGAUGGACUGCUUCUUCCUUAACCUCCCUCCUGGAUUGACAGCUGACAGAGAAAAGGCCUGGUUCCUGAAGAAGACACCAUGUUGUUGGAAGAAGAGCAGCAGGAUCAUCACCUGAUCUUGCUUUGCCAUCUGCUUGUCUGUAAUUGGGCUGUGAUCUCUACCCUGUGAGCACUUAGUGUGUAUAUUCUUUUACUUCUCCAAUAAAGCAGAUUUCAUGGUUGAGCCCA